CGCAUUCACCAGUGACCACCCACGACCUAGCGCCGCAUCUCAUCCCCACGAACACGAGGCCACGACCCCGCCCCGCAUCUGCACAUCGCCGACGCCCCCGAGCAGCCACAUUUCCCCGCGCCGACGGUCCAUUGGAGGCCACCUACUCGGCGGCGGUGGAGUCGCUGGUACAUCCGCACGCGGCCCUGGCCGCGGCUCCCUCCCCGCGCGGGUGCCGGCAGCGCUCGCAGGAUGGCGGCGACGGGAGCAGCUCAGCAAGCACCGGAGGCAUCUCCAAUUGCGACGGGAGCAGCUCAGCUAACAUUAUUUUACUUGUUUUGCUUUUUAACAAUGCGAAACCCGAGGACCAGUUCUUCCUUCGCCUACCAGAAACAAUGAUAAAAAUGGAAAAAAUUGCCGUCCUGGGGCGCGGAAGUUGGCGGAGGCAUGCAAGCCCUUCAGAGUCCUUAAAUGACUUGAUUCAGGCAUCGUACGAGUUAAUAGGUGUCUUCAUCUCUGGUAGAUCUUGCUUCGCUGUCCUCUUCUCAAGUAUCCUUGGACAAGUGCAGCUGGCCGCAAUCAUUGCUUGCAUUGUUUUGUCUUCAUUGCGUCUGAAAAGGCAAGAUUAUGUGGAUCAACAGAAUCAAGGGAACGAUGAUCAUAAGAACAUUAGGUGGUCUCUGAACAUCUUCUAUGCAUUAGUGCUCAGCCAAUGCAUUCUCUAUUUCCUGACUGGGAUACUGGCAAACCCGUUGAAACGGAUAUGUGUAGUCUGUAUGAAGUAUAAGCUAGGAAUUUGGGGGUUUCUAGCUCUUUCUCGCUAUCUACAGGCAUGCGUUUUGAAAUGCAUUAAUGGAGAUCUUCGUGAAGCAGUCAACAUGGACUUGGUUUCCUUUGCAAAGCAGUUGUUGAACUCUGACCCACUGGACGACCAGCUGUUGGGAAUUCGUAUUCUUGACCACCUCCUCAGAAGCAGGGAAGACCAAGAUGAACGCUACAAGGAAAAGGUGCUCACAAAGAUUCGAUCUUCUCUUGAUACCAUCGAGAAAGCAGUAUACAUGAUGGGCUUGGACAGAGAGGUGGAACAAGAUACCAGAGGGCACGCUGCGCGCAUACUGCUGGAGCUCGCACCUGGCCUUCAAGUCGAGAGCUUUCCUGGUAUUUUUCAGGCUAUUUCUUCACUGCUUAGCGCACGCAAGACAAAGACCAGCGGAAGCUCCAGCAAUUCAACCUGUGCGAGCAAAGAGCUCAAAUUGCUUGGUGUGGAUAUUCUCGACAAACUCCUGACUAAUCCAGAAAACUGUGCAGAGGUGAAGAAUGCCAAGAACCUGCUCUCCAAGAUCAUACACAUUACAAGCUGCCAGGAUGAAAAGCUAGACUCCGAUAUUGAUAAAAAGAUAGUCGAAAACUCACUAGAAGUCUUGAGCAAGCUUGUGAGCACAGUUGGUGAGACCGGCGAGGAGCUCAGGUGCCAAGUGUCCAGUAAUAUGUACACCAUAAGGAAUAUUGGCAAGUUCUUCAUAGAUCAUCCUGAAAGCCAACCAAAGAUGCUUGCUCAAGCAGCAGACAUCCUUGCAUGCCUAGCUUCAAAUGACACUGCGAGAAAGGAGAUAGAAAGGUCACACCUGAUCAUCCGGAAACUCAUCAGUCUCCUAGCUGAAGAAAUUGAUGACGUCCAAGUCCAAGAAAGCUCCGUGAGAGUGUCGGCAGCCGAAGCGUUGGUAUUGCUCACUGCUCCUACCAGAGAAAUUGGUGUGCUCAGUACAGUGAGUGAAAGGAGCAUCAAGCCAGUAUUGUCAGAAACUAAGCUUGAAGACAUGCAGCGAAUUGUCUCGCUGCUCUCUGAUGAGUCUGCAGAGCACAGAAUUAUGGUGACGAAAUUCCUGCAGAAUCUGCGGAGUUACCAGCGAGCAGAAUAUGGUGAUCAGCUGGAGAUAAUCAACAAAGCUCUACCAAAGGUAUUGGAAGCAAUCAAAAUUGCAUCGGAUAAAAUAGAAGGGACAGGUUGUGCUGAUGAACCUUCUGGUCAUGAAAUGGAGGCGCUGAUAACUGAACAAGGUAAGCUGCUGGAGAGCUUUAUUGGCCUGUGCAUGCAAAUUUGCAUCAGCGGGAAUGCAAAGCAGUUCACCGAUGCGCUGAGGAGUGCUGAGAUUACAGACGAUAUGUUCGUCCAGAUGCUUGCAAAGAUACUGGAAGUGUACAAGUCUCCAACUUCCGAUGCUCCAGGCAUAAGAAGGGCGGUGAUUCAACAAAUGAACUGGAUGAUGAAUGAGGACCAAGAGUACAUUAACAUUUUCCUGAAGCAUGAAAUGGAAAAUGCACUGAAAGAAGUAGCAGAGACGGCAUUGAAGCUUGAGAACUAUUGGUUCUUUCGUUUUGGCGUCAAAGCUUUUGAGCAUGAGGAAUCCAUUUAUUCUCUUCUCAGCAUUUCGCCACUACUGCAGGGCACAAUCGUGAGAACGCACCUACUAUAAUUGCCUACUUUGCUGCUUAAAGCAAAUUUGCUUCGGGUUUCAGGGGAAAAUAUCCAGUGCUACGGUUCAUCCCAUGAUACGCUGCUACAAGAUCUCCUGGUGCGUUGGAUCUGCAUGGAAGGGGUCGCUGCCAACAUCCAGUGUAUAUCAAAAGGGGCAGAUUAAGCAAACUUGCACCAGAUUAUUAGAAGGACAUUGCAACUACAUGUACAGAAUUUGUUUCUGCAACAGAUUUAUUCACUGUAAUGCAAAGAAGAGAUCGGACGUGCUAAUCGUUUU